AUGGGCCUUACACUAUCGACGUUCUUUCAGUCUCUGUCAUCGCUGGUUCGAUGGAGCAAGGACAAAGACGUGCGGAUUCUAAUGUUGGGUUUGGACUCGGCGGGAAAGACGACAAUUCUAUACCGGUUACAGAUCGGAGAAGUAGUGUCAACAAUUCCAACGAUUGGAUUCAAUGUCGAAACCGUUGAAUACAAAAACAUCAAGUUCCAAGUAUGGGAUCUGGGUGGACAAUCAAGUAUUCGGCCAUAUUGGAGAUGCUACUUCCCCAACACCUCCGCCAUAAUCUACGUUAUCGAUUCCUCAGACCACGCCCGUCUCACAACUUCCCGCACCGAGCUCCUCACCAUGCUUUCAGAAGAAGAACUCAAAGGCGUGCCGCUCCUUGUCUUCUGCAAUAAACAGGACGUUGAGGGUGCUUUAAAGCCUGAGGAGAUCAGUGAACAGUUGGGGUUGGCGGGAGGCGAGAAAUCGAGGCCAUGGAGUGUGAGAGGAAGCUGUGCGACCAAGGGCGAGGGCUUGGAGGACGGGCUGGAUUGGCUUGUUAAUGCUAUCACUGAAAAGUGA